GUUGUGCGUCAACUCCCCAGUCCCCCCACCAUUACUGUUCUACAGAGGAAGAAAGGGGGAGACGGGAAACCUAUACUGAACGCUCUCUAAACAUACAACUGUGCCUCGGCUUAGGUUCACACAAAUAUGAGCGGCAGCGGGCGGGCCAGGACCAGCUCAUUCGCUGAGCCUCCCGGAGCUCCCGGAUCUGCUGCAGCCGGUGCCGUGUCGGCGGUGGCUGGCGGAAGCUCGACAGGAAAAACUGGGGCUUCACAAGCUAGUGGAAGCGCCUCGACGAGCUUUGGAAAUCUGAAACUGCCCAGAGACAGCGGCAAGGUGACGACGGUGGUAGCCACCCCAGGCCAGGGCCCUGACCGCCCGCAGGAAGUUUCCUACACAGACAUAAAGGUCAUAGGUAAUGGCUCAUUCGGAGUGGUCUACCAGGCUCGCCUCAUCGACACUCAGGAGAUGGUGGCAAUCAAGAAAGUUCUCCAAGACAAAAGGUUUAAGAAUAGGGAGCUGCAGAUUAUGAGAAAGUUGGACCACUGCAACAUUGUGAGGCUACGCUACUUCUUCUACUCAAGUGGAGAGAAGAAAGACGAGGUGUAUUUGAAUCUUGUGCUGGAUUUCGUCCCGGAGACGGUGUACAGGGUGGCUCGGCACUUCAACAAGGCCAAGGCCAUCGUCCCCAUCAUCUAUGUUAAGGUGUACAUGUACCAGCUGUUUCGCAGUCUGGCUUAUAUCCAUUCCCAGGGCGUUUGUCACAGAGACAUAAAGCCUCAGAACCUCCUGGUAGACCCAGAGACAGCCAUCCUCAAACUUUGUGACUUUGGCAGUGCAAAGCAGCUCGUUCGAGGGGAGCCGAAUGUGUCCUAUAUUUGCUCCCGGUACUACCGUGCCCCAGAGCUCAUAUUUGGUGCCACUGACUACACGUCCAACAUUGACAUCUGGUCGGCUGGUUGCGUGUUAGCUGAGCUGCUUCUGGGCCAGCCCAUCUUCCCCGGGGACAGCGGUGUGGACCAGUUAGUAGAGAUCAUUAAGGUUUUGGGGACACCGACAAGGGAGCAGAUCAGGGAGAUGAACCCUAACUACACAGAGUUUAAAUUCCCACAGAUCAAAGCACAUCCCUGGACAAAGGUGUUCAAGCCUCGCACCCCGCCAGAGGCCAUAGCCCUCUGCUCCCGACUGCUGGAAUACACGCCCGUUUCCAGACUGUCUCCUCUGGAAGCGUGUGCACACGCCUUCUUUGACGAGCUGCGUCAGCCCAACACCCGCCUGCCCAGCGGACGGGAACUGCCGCCCCUAUUCAACUUCAGUCCUGUUGAGCUGUCCAUUCAGCCCCAGUUGAACUCCACACUCAUUCCCCCUCACGCUCGUGCACAGACAUCGCCCGCCUCACAUGAGGGCAGCGUGUCAGACAGUACCGCCCAGCCCAGCUCAGCACCUGGAUCCAUCAACAACAGCACCUGAGCGUUCAUCCCUCUAACACAACUUUUCUGUUUCGUCUUCCCCAUUUUCCUUUUUCUUUCCUCUGCUCCUCUCCCUCUAAAGCUUCUUCCAGGCUCCAACCUUUAAACUAAAGAAAAAUAACCAAACUCACUCAACUUAAACGCUCUGCAUUUAUAUCUUCUCACGAAACUUUUCCAAUAGAAAGCUGCCACUGCAGCUGCUUGCUUUAGGAAGCUGAGGGUUGUUUUAAAGGCUUUUUUAUAGCUGUUCGUUGGUUUAAGGUAAGCUGCAGAUCCUUUGCCAGGAGGGCAGCGAAACGUUAGUUGGUAGGAUGAGGAGAACACUCCUACACACUGUGGGUUUGCUGUAUUGAAUCAACAGCUGACUUUUAUUCCUUUUUUUAUUUUAUUUUUUAUUUCAAUUUGCCCUUUUUUUUUUUUUUUUUUUAGAAGUGGCUGUGAUGCCACCGUUUUGACCUUUGAUUGGCUUUGGCGUUGAGAUUACAGCUUGAUUGAUUUUUGACAAUCAUCCAAACCAGAGCCCAGUGUUUAGAAGGACGCUCUUCUGUUGAUUUCUACACUGAACUAAAA